GCCCUCCAGUGGACACAUCCAGCGGUUAUCGACACUAUCGGUCAUCUCUGUCCGGAGUUUUCUCCUUCUUGUCAGUGCGCGUUUAAAACUCAGAUUGUGUCCUCAUAUCAACAUGUUUCCAGCAGCAAGUGGUCGCUUGGGUUAAACUUCGGUCUAUAGAUAUGCAGCUGCAUAUCUCGCUCUCCCAUCCCCUCUCCUCUCCUCGGCGAGGACGCAGCAGGGCAGUGCGCUUGGCUGAGCAGCGCUGAAAGAAGCAAAGCGUGGAGGAGAAGAAGAGUUCAACAAACUCAGAACAAAGGGAUUGGGGAGAUUAUUUGUCCGCUUUCAAGAGGUCACCUCUACAGUGAGUGAAAGAGCAACAAGCAACUGCAGGGCACCAUCAGUGGCCCAAACCCCAUUACUGCAGUAUGGGCAACUUUUCCAGCAAGGACAGCCAUGGACCCACAGGGGCCCAUGGGGAUAUUUUCCACACUCCUCCUGCGUCUCCACAGGGUGAUGGGCCUCCUUUUGUGCCAGGUGUCCCUCUGCUUCCUCACCCUGCCUCGCCUCAACCUUCCUCGACAGCCCCAGUUUCAUCUCCACCUCCAGUCCCACUCCUCACAUCCAGCGGGAAGAAAGCACCAUCUAGCAGCCCUACCACUUCUCCUCCUGAUUGGAGGCCUCAUCCACCAGUCAGUUCGAAUAUCUCCACCAUUGGCCCUGGAGUUAGCCAGGUGCACAGCAAGCCAGGAAGUACAGGGAUUAAAGGACAAGCCACUUUGGGGAGGAAUGGGGGUCCUCCUACCUCCACCCCUCGGACUCUGGUCUUCCAGGGGAAGACUGUGGCUGUCAGCCCUACAAAGAGCCCCUCUCCCCUGUGUAGUGCCACACCUGUGGUGGGCAGCUCUUCAGGACAGACCUGGAGAGAAAGGGACAGUGGUCUGAGUCAGUCUUUACUCCCCGGUCAUGAAUCUGGGGACAGCCAGGGUGAGGAACUGGAGAAGCUGCUGGAGGAGUGUAGGACAACACUGGGUAUCACUGGCAGCCAGGAGGGGGCCACGAACACAGCAGAGAUACUGAAGGAUCUACUGACAGAAGUGAAGAGUUUGAAGAGUACUUUGCAGACGGAGCGUGGGGAAUGGCUGCAGUUCCAGGCUGACCUACAGGUGGCGGUGUCAGUGGCAGACCGCCUGAGAGCCGAGGCAGAAGAAGAGCUGACAGCGCUCCGAACAGCGCACAAGGAUGUUGAGAGGGAGCUGGCUGCUGCCCAGCAGAGGCAGAAGGAGGCCGAUAUGCAACUGGUCACCCUAAGAGGGGAGUUAAAGGAGAGUAAGCAGAGACUGGCUACUCUCACCCAGGCUCAAGGCAAAACUGACACCCAGGAUCCAUGUCAGGAACCAGUGCGGCCCAGUGGAGAACCAACCAACAGCUCAGAAAGCACAGAAGGGACCCAGAGGGGCAGGGAGAAGGGGGUGUACAAGUUGGGACGAGAAGGGGUGGAAAGCAGGGGUCAGAACGAAGUGACAAAGGAUGUUGCAAGCGAGGAGGCUAGAACAGACUGUAAAGGUGUGACUAAGCGUUACCUCAGAAAUGUGACCAAUGAGGAUAGGAGUGGAGAGGAGGGGCGAUCCAACGAGACACGAAGGACAUUAACCACUGAGAGGUCGAGAAGCCUGUCCAGAUUACCUGCUUCUUCAGACACCCCCACCAUGCAGAAUGGAACUUCCCAGUCCAAUACUCCAUCAACAGCUGGACCCACGAACAAGAACUUGGGGCAACUAAGAGGCAGAAGAAGUCUGGAUUGGCAAGACAGCAGGUUAAACACUGACACAGGAAAACGUGAAGAGUCUCUAAACAAGUACAACUCUUCCCUCACUGAGCUGCCUCCCAUCAAGUCCCAGGAUGGUUUCAACCUGCUUCUGCGUCGCCACGGAGGCUCAAAGAGAAACUCACUGCUUCGGUGGUGUCAGAGCCGAACACAAGGCUACAAGAAUAUUGACAUCACAAACUUCAGCAGCAGCUGGGCCGAUGGUCUAGCCUUCUCUGCUGUCUACCAUACCUACCUCCCUUCACACAUCCCUUACAGCACUCUUACUCCAGAGAGCAAGAGGGAGAAUCUCAACCUGGCAUUCAAAACAGGGGAGACUGUUGGGAUUGCACAAACUCUGACGGUAGAGGAGAUGCUGAGAGCAGGCGGUCCUGACUGGCAGAGGGUCCUGAGCUACGUGGAGAGUAUCUACCGUCACUUUGAGAUGUGACUGCUGGAGAUACUGACUUACAAUCCAGUGGAUCCUUAAGGACUCUUCAAAGGAAGCAACACAAGUUGGCUCUGAAUACUAUACUAUACUUUUGUUGCUUGUCUGGAAACUGGAGAAACUGAUGUUCUUCUGUUAGCAAAAAAAGACAUUCAAAGCUUCAAUUUUCAACUUUUUCGACAUUAAAAUAAUUGUUUCUGCUUGUGUUAAGUGUGUUAAGUGCAGGAUAUCUUAGAAACAACAAUAACAAUGGCAAAAACUUUGGUUGUCUCCAUUUAUUUUUUAUUGUCACUUAACAGAUGCUGGCUCAGGCAAGGAAAAAUAAAGUGUGUUAAUUGUUAGUGCAUUGCAUAUACUUUCAGUAUUUAUUGAAAAAUACGUACUGUUACUUCAUACAGUCCACUAUGGAGAAUGAAACAUGCAUUAUGAUUACAUACAAACACAUUUUCACAGCCAAGCGUAUGUUUUUGUAACACUGGACGAAAAUUUUUCCUGUCCAUAUUUUAUCAAUACAUUAUUAAAUAAUAUAUACAUUGAUACCUGAAACAUAAAAAAGUACUUUAGAAAUUUUAUUUUGCUACUGUGGAUCGAAGUUCCAUCGGCUUGGUUUUCUGGUUUUUCUGUCAUUUCAGAAAAUGUCUUCUGGCCAGGUGGAAGUGACAAGGUGCAAAGUAUUGAUUGGUUUACUGCCAUCGGCUCCACAGUCGGUAUUACAUUUUUGUUGUUGUAUGCAUUAUUUUAUUUUUAAAGCACUUAAUCAGCUGACAUUUGGCAUACAUCAGUAGUUUGAAGAAUUCAGAUGCAGUGAAAGUAUACAGCUUAUCAGACUGAGUGAAAUGUGUAGAGGUGAGAACCUGACCAACUGGGGAGGGGAAAAUUAACAAAACCCCACCUUUUAAUACAAAAAGUUAAAUAUAGUAGCUUUCAGAAUAAAGCCUACUGUUGACCACGAUAGAUAUUCAGAAUAUCUGGAUCUUUUUUAUAGCAUCCCUUUGAGGAACGUGUAUGGACAGGUAGAGUUGCUGUAAAUGUCUCCACACUGGUACUUCACUGGCCUAAAGUACUGUAUUACACAAUGUCCAUCAAAUCUGUAGGCAGUCCUUAAACUGCACAUUGUUUUAUCUGCCAAUAUAUUUUGCCUUUUAACCUUGUCUGUGAUGCUCUGCAAAGAUUGUCUUUUUCCUGGAACUUUUAGCACUCUGUAAAUACGCACUUUUGCCAGCACUUUGUUGAUGUAAGAAUACAAUAAUGUACAGUACAGACAUUGCACAACUGCUGUAGUCUUUAAAUGGCUGGGCAGACGUUCAGUCGUAAGGCUGCAGACCAGUUAGAAGAUUUCUCAAGUUCUGUUUUUGAAUGUGGCAAUGAUCAAUAUCUGAAAGUGCCUCCAUGUUAUCGCAAUUGUGCCAGUGCUGUUUAGGUGCUCAGGGAUGUGCAUCACAGGAGUGACUUAGAGCAAAAGCAAAUGCAAGCCUACACGUGCUUGUGCAUCCGGUUGCAAUGCCAUCUCACGUCGUCACACCUGCAUCCUCAACAUAUGCACAAAUUCCCCCUCAUACCACGCAAGUGCUGAGAAACUGAAUAACUGGUUUUGUUUUGACAAGUUUAAAGCUGAGUUUGUUGCCAAAGUCAUACGUGCCAAAUGUUGGAAAAAUAAUCUUUGGUGGAAAUAGACCAUUGUAAAAAAAAAAAUGUUUAUAUGUAACUAGUGUGAAAAGAAAAUUAUACCAAAGAAAUAAAAUGUUAAUAUGAAGCAAAGAA